CGGGUAUUAAUAACUCCUGUACGCUCCCCACGCACUCUCUUUAAAUCCACCCCAAACACUCCCCAAUCUUCCCCAUGCACUGCUAAGACUCUCACUCUCUCUCUCUCUCUCUCUCCCAUUUCCCUCCGUUUGCUUUUGAAGCACCAACUUCUCGUCCUUCGCUAUUCUUCGGGAAACCCUCUGGAGAAGACACACAAGCUGCAAAAAUCUUGUCUUUUCCGCAGAAAUGGCCGACUCACAAGAACAGAUCAGUCGACAAAACCCAGAUCAGAAAGUCCCCUUCUCAGUCGAACCCCGAAGCCAUGACUCGAACAGACCAUCGAAGCACAAACUCCCAAACUUCCUCUUGUCAGUGAAGCUCAAGUACGUGAAGCUCGGCUACCACUACCUCAUCUCCAAAGCCAUGCAUCUACUCCUCGUGCCACUCCUCGGCAUCUCCUCCGCCCACCUCUCGACCCUCACGGCCCGAGACGUGGCCCAGCUAUGAGACCAACUCAGGUUCAACCUCGUCACCGUCGUGCUCUGCUCGACCCUCAUGGUGUUCCUGGUCACUCUCUACUUCAUGACCCGACCCAGAAAAGUCUACCUCGUCGACUUCGCCUGCUACAAGCCCGACCCGGCCUGGAUAUGCACCCGCGAGACCUUCAUGGAGCGGCCAGAGCUCACGACCACCUUCACCGAGGAGAACCUCGCUUUCCAGCGGCGGAUUCUCAAGCGGUCCAGCCUUGGGCAGCAGACUUACUUGCCUGAUGCCGUGCUCCGGGUUCCACCGAACCUGUGCAUGGCAGAAGCACGGGCGGAGGCUGAGGCCGUCAUGUUCGUGGCAGUCGACCAGCUGCUGGCCAAGACUGGGGUCAGGGCCAAGGACAUAGGGAUCCUCGUCGUGAACAGUAGCUUGUUCAAUCCGACGCCAUCGCUUUCGUCGAUGAUCGUGAACCACUACAAGCUCAGAGGGAAUGUGACAAGCUACAAUCUUGGUGGGAUGGGUUGCAGCGCUGGAGUGAUUUCUAUCGACCUUGCGAAGCAGUUAUUGCAGGUACAAUCUAAUUCUUAUGCCCUAGUGGUGAGAAUCGAGAACAUCACUCUCAACUGGCACUUCGGCAAUGACCGGUCGAUGCUCAUCUCGAACUGCCUCUUUUGGAUGGGUGGUGCAGCGAUCCUCCACUCCAACCAGUCCUCUGACUGCCGCCGCUCCAAGUACCAGCUCAUCCACACCGUGCGCACCCACAAAGGUUCGGAUGACAAGAGCUAUGGCUGCGUGUUCCAGCAAGAGGAGGGGAAGAAGAAGAUUGGUGUGUCACUCUCCAAGGACUUGAUGGCGGUUGCCGAGGAAGCCGUGAAGACCAACAUCACAACCCUUGGCCCGUUAGUGCUCCCAAUGUCAGAGCAACUCUUGUUCUUCACGACCUCGGUCGCGAGGAAGGUGUUCAAGAUGAAAAUUAGGCUGUACAUUCACAACUUCAAGCUGGCCUUCGAGCAUUUUUGCAUCCACGCCGGAGGCCGAGAUGUUCUCGACGAGAUAGAGAAGAACCUCGAGUUUACUGAUUGGCACAUGGAGCCAUCACGAAUGACUCUAUACCAAUUUGGGAACACGUCGAGUAGCUCAUUGUGGUACGAAUUGGCCUACUCAGAGGCCAAAGGAAGGAUUAGGAAAGGCAAUAGGACAUGGCAAAUCGCUUUCGGGUCCGGAUUCAAGUGCAACAGCGCAGUUUGGCUGGCAUUGAGGACCGUCGAUCUGGUGAAGGAGAAGAACCCAUGGAUGGACGAGAUUCACGAGUUCCCCGUCCAUCUUUCGAAAGCGGUGUCCAUCGGAUCUACCGCGAAAUAAGCGUUCGGUCGGGAUUUUCCCACUAUAGGCGAGGUUGAUCCUGAAUGAUACGUGAACAUUAAUUAUCCUUUUGCCUUGUGUUCAAGCACAAGCAUCAUUCCAAAUCUACUCAAGAUUAAACUUUUUUUCUCUUGGAAUCGAUUCCCGGAAGAAGUGUGCAUUUAGCUUUGUAAUUGUCCAUAUGACCGGUCAAAGCAAAUUUUUUAUAGCUGGAUUGCUUGAAGAAACUAUUGUGUAGUUCACCUAUAUUGAAUAGUUAAAUUGAGACUACCAACUUUAUAUUC